AUGACAGACAACUCUAGUGGAACAACUAAGAAACAUAACUACUUUUUAGCGUUGAGGUACACGGCUGGUCUACUCCUAUGCGUCACUCAUCUCCGUACAACAUUCAGUGGGAUUUUGAGUUACUUCUUGCUUCAAUCUAUCGUGUCCCAAUGGAAUAAUCUGAGUUACGAAGAUUUGGGCUACGUGUACGGAGAUAGAAAAAGCUAA